AAAGCCCUUCAUAUUUCAAUUGUCAUUACACCACUGAAAAAUCUAAACUAAAGACAAACUCUUCUCCUCCUCCCUCUUACAGCAAUGUCUAGCAAAAGAUCAAGUUCCAGAAGCAAUGAAAAUGAAGAUUUUAGCCUCAAACUUCGUGAGUUGUUAACAACUAACAAGAAGAAGAAAAGAAAUGCAACAAAGCUUCUGGAUGAAACAUGCAGUCAUAUUAAGAGGCUUAAUGAAGAGGUUGAUGAUUUAAGCAAUCGAAUAUCAGAGUUACUGGCUUCUCCAGACAUCGUUAGUAGCAUUAAUGCAAACAUCCUUGGACAAUUUCUACAACAAUAAUCACUGCAACGUUUGUUCUUUUUCUAAACUUAUAUAUGCUCCAACUCAUUGUAAGAUAUAUAUUUAUAUAAACAUUUCAGUCUCUUUCUUUGGUUUGUUCCUUCUUGUUGCCAACCAAUGGAACAAAGCAAAGGGCUUAUAAUUCAUAUGUUCUUCUAUUUUGGGUCUUUUUUUUUUUGCCCUAUGUUUAAUCUUCAAUUCUGAUACACUAUACAGAUACAGUGUUUGUUGGUUGAUAAGUUUGCUUCAAAGAAUAAUUAUUUUCUUGAUUUUAGUGAGAGAAUUGCCCUUCAAUAAUUAAGGACUAAUAAAUUCAAUCUUGGCUUAUUCUGACUUUUAUGCUAAUUCAUACAAAAUCAGGUCAUUUUCCAUGAAGAUAGCAAAGGUCUUUUCAAUAUUGUUUUCAAAGUUCAAGCAAAGACAGCAUUAUUAUCUUAUUUUUUCACUAACUUCUUCUUUGGAUUACAUAU